AUGCUGAAGGAUAUUACAUCGGAACGUAGUCCGGGGCCAGCUGCUUAUGCACAGAACAGUAAAUACACAAAUACAGGGGAAGCAUCAACGCCGAAAUACACUAUUACUGGAAUCCAAAAAUCACUUAAUUUUGGACAAGGUCCAGGACCAGCCGAUUACAAUGUAGAAACCGGUAAAAAGUUGGUCUAUCCUGGUGUCCCAGCGUACCCGAUAGGUGUACGUUUGUCCGGAAGGCGAAUGGACGAUACACCGGCUCCGAAUGCGUAUUCUCUCCCGGCUCCAUCAAGACGCAGUGAGGUUCGGUCAGCACCAAAUUACACAAUGGCCGGACGAAAUGAUAACACUCAGCUUGUUUUGAACAAAAACCCUGGUCCGGCUGACUAUACUGUUGGAUCACCUGAUCUCUAUUUGGAUGCUAGCCCCAAAUACACCAUGGGGGUCACCUUGCCCGAGCGUAAAUUUAACGACUUUCCUGGACCGUUGAACUAUAAGUCUGAACAGGUUACUGCUCACCUUCCAUCCAUGCCCAAAUUCACCAUGGGCAUCAAACACAGUCAAUACAAGGGAGAAUUUGCAGUGAAACACGAAGAUGAAUUCUAA